AUGUACAACCACCGUAAGUAUCCACUGACGCAAUUGUCCAAACUUAAGGAAGCCACCAGAUUGCGAAUGGAAUGCGAGAGGGAGGCUAAGCGGAGGGACAACGAGACGGUACGAGAAUGUGAUAACCAAAUCACUCGGAAACGACUUGGUAAACCUCAUGUGAACCGAACAGAAAAUCUCAUAAGAAUAAACGACAAUCGAUUUUACCACGACGAUAGUGAUCCUAUUAAAUAUGUUUCUCAACGAUUAAAUCUUGAUGAAAAAAUUAAAAUGCUUGAGUUAAAUUUGAAAAAUCGUGAAAUCGAUAUGAUAGAGGAAAAAAAUAGGCUCAAGAUUGUGGAAGAACCGCAGUUGGUGGUUAAUGAUGGUAACGAUUUCGUCUUGUUCAGCGAAAAUACGGUCCAUUAUAAUAUAGAAAAAAAUGAUACAAUAAUUGAAAAAGAUCAUUCGAAUAUGGUGAACUCGAACGCAACACAUGAAGUUUCUAAACUACAUAUUAAAGUCACAAAUCGCAGUAAGAACACCAUAUUAUGCCGUUACAGUCACCUGUCUGAUCCAAAUUCUGUGCUUCGAGAUGACAUGAAUAUUAUAAAACGUGACAGUGACGUUCAGUUAUUUUUAGACGGGUUAACAAAGCACAUGGCCGCGUUGAAUUGUACCGCAAAUGCCGCGAAAAUUGAUAAGAACAUAUUUAAAGAUAUCAUCGGAUCCGUCGUUCGUAAAAUGUUCACUUACUUCAGGUGGAGGAAUAACACCAACGUGUUGCUACCGGCUAAAGGGUCCGUAAGAGUACCGGUUAUUUUCAACCAGAACUUUGCGCACUCUACGGUCUCCGAAUCGUUUGUGAUCACGUUCGACAGCACGGACCAUGACAUUCCUAAUCAGGGAGUGAACGUCAUCGGUUACAUCAAAGAACAAGAGCUAAUCGUAAUACCUGACGUUAUUGACGCCGGAAUUUGCUAUUUAACAAGCUCCGAGCAAGUGGUCGGUUUUCGGGUUCAGAACAGCAGCAGAGUGAUGAUGCCAUACGAGAUCAAACUGCCCAACAGAGGACUUUUCAGACACGUGAAACUCAGCCACUCGAAGGGAUACCUUAGAGCCAAUUCCUCGCUUGAAGUGUCCGUGCGACUACAUCUGAAAUACGAUAUUAUAUGGUCGGACGACUGUGCGAUAUUCUUUGACGCGGACAGCGGUUUCUUAAAGUUCCCCAUCCGAGUAUAUCCAUCCAACUCUAAGACUUGGUGCGAAGUACUUAUCUUCGCCGUGGUGACUUCGCCGUUUGGUUUAAAGCUGACGCCUGACCGUUUGGAUUUCGGAACGGUCAACACGACGGAAACGGUUGUCCGUAGUGUUGCAUUGGCCAACUAUUCAAGGACUCCGAUGAAUUAUGGAUUUUUGGAUUUGCCGGAGAUGGUUUCCAUACACCCAACUGCAUUUGGAACUAUAUUUUCUGGUGAAAUUAUCUGUCUGCACGUGCAUUACAGUCCUAAAAUACCAAAAAUGUUACCUCGAGACGUUCAUAUGUUUGAAGAUGAUUUCAUAAUAACAUGUAGUACAAUUACUGGUUUGAAUGCAGACAAAAUUUUCUCUGAAGCCGAGACAACCGAACAAAUUUACGAAACAGCUACUGAAGAAAUAUCAACUGUUAAUGAAUAUAAUAAAUCGACAGCAAGCAUCAAUUAUACCUACGAAUUAGACCAUGGCCCGGAUAAAAUACAGAUGCAGAGACUUAUGAACGUUGUCAAAGUAAAUUCGUCGAUUAGAAAUUCCAUUGUAAAAGAAGCUACAAUGAUUUGCAACGCGAAAAUACACGAGAUUCCUGUAGAACUUUCCGUUCAGAAAAUCAUUUUUGAAAAAACUCCGCACACAUCCUUUUCGACGUUUAAUAUCGAUUUGAGAGCAUCAAACUUGUCGUCUGUAUCUGAACGUAAUAUAAAAUCGUUCCUGGAUUUCAAGAUUAGAUUCGAGUUCGUUUCGGACGACCCUUCUGUAGAGUUUAAGCCGAAAAAUGGAAUUCUACAAUCGAAAGAUGUAAUUAAAAUUUGUGUCGUACUUCGGCCGAAAUUUGAUCACAAAUUAAAAAAUAUGUAUAAGAAAUGUCUCGAUUUUGUGUCAGAGAAUAUUGAUGUCAAUCAAAUUUUAAAACAUGAAUAUCACUAUCUAAACCAAGUAUAUUUUUUUGGUUACCACUGUUUACCAAAUAUUAAAUGAAACCUUUUGAUUGGUCAGGUUAAUGGACCAUUAACUCACGAUCAAAUCAGAUUAUUCGAAGCUAACCGAACAUUUUAUUCCAAGCUAACGGACCAAACGAAAAUUAUUUCCGCUGUGUGCUUUGUACAAUUUAUUAACAAAAAAUCAAUCGAAUAUUUUGGAUUUGACACGGGAUCGUUGAAGCUAAGUGUUGUGUGCCCGACAAUGAGGCCGAACAUAAUCUUGUUUGCCGAUCGAAUACAUUUCGGCAGAUGCACCAUGAACGUCCGUCACGAGCAAUUGCUGUUUGUGCGAAACGUAACAGAGCGCCCGGUCCCGUUGAAGAUCUCUCUGCCGGACCCGAUCGGACCUUUCUUCUGUUCAUUCGCUCUGAACGGCGAGUCGCAGUUGCUAUCUCCGGGUGUUACGAUGCCUAUCAAAGUAUUGUUUACGCCCGAACACGAAUCGACGGUGAACGAAACCUUGGAGGUCACAUCGGAGACGACGCGGCUAACGGUCAAGUUGUCGGGCUGCGGUCUGAGGCCGACGUGCGACAUCACGCCCGGCGGUAUCUUCAACAUAAUACAUACCACGCACGAACACUCGGACAGCAAAUUCAUUUUUCAGGUGACAAAUACCAGCGGCACUGGCUUCCGGUUUAACGUGCAAUUAGAAUGGACAAAGCAGCGUUUGGAUGCGAUGACUGACGACGAAUCUUACAAGUUCACGGAAGGAUUGCGACUAGAAGAUCGUUCGACUGCGGUUUUGCGAUUCAACGGACCGGACUGGACAGAACUAGUAGGCGACGGUGCAUUCGACCUGGGAAACAAUGGCAAACCCUUGUGGUUUCAGCUAAAUCCCAACGACGUGCGUAACGUUGAGGUGACUUUUAAGCCCUCGGAUCGUCCUGUUGAAAAACUCGUUCCGGUGCAAGACAUUUUAUCCUUUGCCGUCGAAGACGAAACCGACCUCGUUCCCGGUAGAAUAAUCUUUUGGCGUCAAGUUUACGUGGCAAAAAUCAACGUGCACGUCGGCCAAUCGAUUCUCCACUGGUUCUACGUACUAGGUUUUGUCCUCAUGAAAACUCCUACUGCUACUAUCCAAAGCAUUCCCGUCGAUAACAAUAAUUAUACCAAAACCAUUGAUAACAUAAUAACACCGAGAAACAAUGCACAAUAA